AUGGAGCUCAUUGACAAGACAGUCGAGCUGCGAGGCAGCCAAGUUCUCAAUAUGCAUUCGUAUCAUGCAAUCAUCUGGCAACGCCGGAUCAUGGCGUUCGCUACACUUCUUGCCUGGAUCGGUGUUGGAUUAUUGGUAGCGGCGUUGGCCACCACGCACUGGGCUUCCAUUGACUUCCAUAACAAGGACUAUCAGCCAGUUCACGUUGAUUUGGGAGUCUGGGGAGAGUAUCGUACCGUCAAUGACUUCAGGAAGGUUUCAGUGGAAUGGAUCCCACACUUCCCAGCCCCACCAGAGAAUAUUCUCCGACUUGCAGACACUGACCUGAAACACUACUAUCGCUCGCAAGCGUUCAUGGGAUGUUUCGGAGCUGUGAUUCUGCUUUGCACCAACUGCCUUGCUAUUUACACCUUCUAUCAUCAUCGUUAUAUGUACAAGAGAGCCGUGGCCGCUUUGUAUCUUGUUGUUGCUAUGUGCAUCUUUGGAGCCAUCGAGAUUCUCUCCAGCAGUAUUAAUGAAUGGAACACCGCUGUCACUCAGGACCGAGAAUUUGACUACGAGCAAGCCAAGAAGAUGGGAUUCUCGACCCGUCUUGCUCAAGGAGCCAUUCUUACAAGCAUAAUUGCCUGUUUGGCAUUUGCUUUCGGAUCCCACAAACAGAAAGGGGAGCAUGCGGCCACCGCAGAGUUGGAGAUUGAGGAUCGCGAAUAUCAUAUCGGACGAUAA